GGAAAACUUGCCAAAUUUUGAAAAAUUGCCGGCUUAGUGAUUUUAAUUCGUCGAUGUUGGCACUCGUGCCGAUUGACAAUUCGACUUGAAAUAGUACUGACUAAGCUUAUAAAAAUAUACAUGAAUUUUUUACAAUGUCCAAAGAUAAAGCAAUAUUAUUGAGGGUGCAGUCCCCCGAAGGCACGAAACGGAUCGAAGUGAACGCAUCGGAGAGCACUUGCCGGCUAUUCGAACGUGUCCACGACACUUUCGAUUUGAGCAGUUUCGCGUUUGCUUUAUACAAAGAAAAGAACCUAAAAAAUGAGAUCCCUAGUAGCAAAUCCCGGACUGUGGCCGGCCUAGGCCUCCGCCACGGCGACAUGAUCUAUCUAUGCCCCCUCAACGGGGCUGUCCUCUUCCCCACGGGGAACAACACGCCGUCAGGGGAACCGACCCCAUCCACAAGUUCCCGACCAAAUAGCAGUCUUAGUCUCACCCUCAAGGAGGACCCCGUCGACCUCCAGUUGUACAAACUUGACGGGAAGAUAGCGCGGAAGCCGGACCCCAAACUAUGUCGCCACAAUAGCAACUCUCGCUGUGUGCAUUGCUCGGCCCUGGAGCCCUACGACGAGGCUUAUUUGCGGGAUCACAACGUCAAACACUUGUCUUUUCACGCCUAUUUGCGCAAGAUGACUUCGGGGGUCGACAAGGGCAAGUUUCUAGCCCUUGAGGACAUCUCGUGUCGGAUCAAAAACGGGUGCAAGGACCACCCCCCAUGGCCCAAAGGGAUCUGCUCCAAAUGCCAACCCAACGCAAUCACUCUCAACCGACAAGUCUACAGACAUGUCGAUAAUGUCGCGUUUGAAAAUAAGGAUUUGGUUGAGCGAUUUCUCAAUUAUUGGAGGUCCACGGGACACCAAAGAAUCGGCUUUUUGUACGGCAAUUACGAAAUUCACAACGAUGUGCCUUUAGGUAUCAGAGCCAACGUCGUGGCUAUCUACGAGCCCCCUCAGGAGAGCAGUCGCGACUCUAUUCAUCUCUUGCGUGACGACAAAGAGGAAAUAGUCGAAGAGUUAGCACAGAAUUUGGGGCUGCGACGAGUCGGCUGGAUUUUUACCGAUCUCAUCCCCGAAGAUGUCCAAAAGGGCACCGUUAAACACUUAAGACAUAUUAAUAGUCAUUUUUUGUCAGCAGAGGAGUGUAUCAUGGCCGGACACUUCCAAAGCAUGUACCCCAAUCCUUGCAGAUUCGCCUCGGGGGGCUAUUUCGGCUCCAAGUUUGUCACAGUCUGCGUCACAGGUGAUAAGACUAACCAGGUGCACAUGGAGGGCUACCAGGUGUCAAACCAGUGCAUGGCCCUGGUGCGAGACAACUGCCUUUUGCCGACGAAGGACGCCCCCGAGCUCGGCUACGUGCGUGAAUCUUCGGAUAAACAGUUCGUCCCCGACGUGUACUACAAGGAGAAAGACAACUACGGUAACGAGGUGUCGCGGCUGGGCCGCCCCCUGCCGGUGGAGUACCUCCUGCUGGACGUCCCAGCCUCCACCCCUGUCACCCCCUCGUACACCUUCAACUGCGACCCCUCCAAACAGCCCUUCCCCGUGGAAAACCGCCUCGUUGACGGCGACAUCCAAGAUUUCAACGCCCUCAACCAAUACCUCUCGCAAUUCUCCUCGAGCGAAUUUUUCACAGCGAUCAACGAUUUCCACUUGUUGCUCUACAUCGCGACUAUGGACAUGCUCCCCAUGAAGGAGUACAUGGGGCCUUUGCUGUGCGCUUUGAAGAACCGCGACGCGGGGGCUGCCGAGGAGUGGUCCAGGAGCGAGCAUUGGGCCACCAUCGAGCAGUUGAUCGCGGCCAGUUCACCGCCCCCGUCCAGGCCGGGCAGUGUGGCCGGAAGUGUCAACGUGGGAGCGGGGUCGUCGAGCGGGGGGCUAGCCAAGUGGACGUGCCCCCAUUGCACGUUUUUGAACACUUCGGAUGUGAGCAAUUGCGAAAUGUGCAGUCUUCCGAGGUCUACGAAUUAACACAGGAGGUAACCAAUUCGUUUCAGGUUUGCACGAGGUGAUUGAAUUAUUAUUUAAUGGUUAUAAUACAUGUAAAUCUUUAGUUUUAGUCUCACUUAUUUUUCUAAAUUGUGUAACGGCGAUUAUUUAUUAGUUACAUACUGUAAAUAAAUUACCGAGUCUUGGUUUUUGUUUUGUUUUUAAUGUUCUAUUGUACGGUGAUAACGUUUUCGUACAUAACUCAAUAAAAACAAGUUUAUCCAUGAAA